AUGGCUUUAAAUUAUGUCAUGUGGAAUGAAGAGUUGGUCCGAAAAAGCAAAGAUGAGCUACUUUUGAGAUGCUUAGGAAAAGAAGAAUACAUGAAAGUCAUGGGAGAAGUCCAUGAAGGAAUCUGUGGAGCACAUGAAGGUGGGAGAAAAUGUGCUCCUUCAGUUCCCAAGAAUCCAGUCAUCAAGCCAUGGCCAUUCAGAGGAUGGGCAAUGGACCUCAUUGGCAAAAUCUAUCCAGCUGAGUCAAUCACAAUUGACAGGGGAUCUUCUUUCAUGUAUGGAGAAAUGCUAGAUAUGGCAGAAGCAUUCAAGUUCAAACUACUUCAAUCCACUCAUUAUUAUGCUCAAGCUAAUGGACAGGUAGAAUCAAGUAACAAGGUGAUCAUCAACAUUAUCAGGAAAAUGCUUGAGAAAAAUCCAAACCAAUGGCAUGAGAAAUUAUCAGAAACUCUCUGGGCAUAUAGAACAUCAAAGAGAGAUGCAACUGGCAUGACCCUAUAUGCUCUAACCUAUGGCCAUGAUGCAAUUCUGCCUAUGGAAAUAGCAGUCCAAUCUCUUAGAAUUGCUCAGCAACACAAUCUGGAUCAAGAUGGAGACAUCCAUGCUUCGCCAAUCAAUGGCAAAUGGUUGAAGAAGUUCUAUCCAACUAUGUGGGAUUCACAGGCAGUACAAACAGAUCUUGGAAUUGAGGGAGAGAAGGAUAGAAUUGUUGUUUGA